GCACCAUGGAAUUCACUAAGGCGGUUGCGGACGAAACGGAAGCGCAAACUGGAGUCGGAGAUACAAAAGUGAUCACAAUGCAGAAUAAGGAGAACAGGGAGCCGCGAGCUGUUCACACACAGGCACCAAGCGUCGUCGGACCGCUCAGAGUUGGCAUUAGUUCAUCUGCAGACAUGCACAUCCAUACAGGUCCUGGGAGAGUUCCAGUCAAACCCACCUCAAAAAAAUUGACCAUUAAAAACUUUGACAUUGGCCGUCCGCUGGGAAAGGGAAAGUUUGGGAAUGUUUACUUGGCACGAGAGCGGAAACUGAAUGUGAUAGUGGCUCUGAAGGUUCUUUUCAAAUCUCAGAUGGAGAAGGAAGGUGUAGAACAUCAGCUGAGGAGAGAAAUUGAGAUCCAGUCUCAUCUCAAACAUCCGAAUAUUCUGAGCUUCUAUAACUAUUUCCAAGAUGCCUCUCGGGUGUUUUUGAUUUUGGAGUAUGCACCGCGUGGGGAGAUGUAUAAGGAGCUUCAGCGCUGUGGGCGGUUCGAUGACCAACGCACAGCCACUUACAUGGAGGAACUGGCAGAUGCUCUUCAGUACUGUCAUGAAAAAAAGGUGAUUCACAGAGAUAUUAAACCUGAAAACCUUCUGCUGGGCUUUAGGGGAGAACUCAAGAUCGCAGACUUCGGUUGGUCUGUCCAUGCGCCCUCUCUGAGACGACGCACCAUGUGCGGCACGCUGGAUUAUCUCCCACCCGAGAUGAUCGAAGGGCACAGUCACGAUGAGAAAGUGGACCUGUGGUGCAUCGGUGUGCUGUGUUACGAGUGUUUGGUGGGAAACCCUCCAUUUGAGACCGCCAGCCAUACUGAAACAUACAAGCGAAUUACGAAGGUGGAUCUCAAAUUUCCUAAAGUGGUGUCUGAUGGGGCUCGAGAUCUGAUCUCUAAGCUGCUCCGUCACAGUCCUUCCAUGCGUCUGCCACUCGGGAGCGUGAUCGAGCAUCCGUGGGUCAAGGCAAACUCCCGCAGAGUUCUGCCCCCUGUCUGUAACCCAAGGGCUGUUCCACACUACUGAAAAACUCAAGUUAAUUUUAUAACUUUUUAUGUAUUAUAGUGGAUGUUUGUGGCUCCUGUUCUGUUUUGUCACUUCUGAUUGUAUUUUAUGCUGGACACAUUAAAAUGGAAAUAAAAGGUUUUUUAUGGUU